CUUGAGCCGACAGCCGUUCGGAAGGAGGCGGAGCCUAAUUCGCAUCAGGACCAGUCUGGCUGCACCUGCAUCCUUAGCUCAGCGCAUCUUUGAAGCAUCUUAACAGGCAACCGCAGCUGGCAACCAGAGACUAGACCGUCGCAGAAGGCGUCCAUCAGAUACCUUCCCCCUCCCCUGACCUAGCGCUCUACAGCGGCGGCCUCUGCACUGACCCGGGGUUCCCAGAGUUGUGUGACCACUGCAAAAGUAUUUAUAGCAACAGUCUCUAAUUACGACAUGGCUGAGAUCACCAAUAUCCGACCUAGCUUUGAUGUGUCACCGGUGGUGGCUGGCCUCAUUGGGGCCUCUGUUCUGGUGGUGUGUGUCUCCGUGACGGUCUUUGUCUGGACAUGCUGCCACCAGCAGGCAGAGAAGAAGCACAAGACCCCACCCUACAAGUUCAUUCAUAUGCUCAAAGGCAUCAGCAUAUACCCAGAGACCCUCAGCAACAAGAAGAAAAUCAUCAAAAUACGGAGAGACAAAGAUGGUCCUGGGAGGGAAGGUGGACGUGGGAACCUGUUAGUGGACGCGGCAGAGGCUGGCCUGCUAGGCCCAGACAAAUGUCCCAGGGGGCCUAGCUCUGGAUCUUGUAUAGACCAGUUACCCAUCGAAGUGGACUAUGGGGAAGAACUGAGGAGCCCUGUUGCAAGCCUGACUCCUGGGGAGAGCAAAACCACUUCUCCAUCAUCUCCAGAAGAGGAUGUCAUGCUAGGAUCCCUUACUUUCUCAGUGGACUAUAACUUCCCGAAAAAAGCUUUGGUGGUGACAAUCCAGGAGGCCCAUGGGCUGCCAGUGAUGGAUGACCAGACCCAGGGCUCUGACCCCUACAUCAAAAUGACCAUCCUUCCUGACAAGCGGCAUCGGGUGAAGACCAGAGUGCUGCGGAAGACCCUGGACCCCGUGUUUGACGAGACUUUCACCUUCUACGGCAUCCCAUACAGCCAACUGCAGGACCUGGUGCUGCACUUCCUCGUCCUCAGCUUUGACCGCUUCUCCCGGGACGACGUCAUUGGGGAGGUCAUGGUGCCGUUGGCUGGAGUGGACCCCAGCACAGGCAAGGUGCAUCUGACCAGGGACAUCAUCAAGAGGAACAUCCAGAAGUGCAUUAGCAGAGGGGAACUCCAAGUGUCUUUGUCAUAUCAGCCUGUGGCACAGAGAAUGACAGUUGUGGUCCUCAAAGCCAGACACUUGCCGAAGAUGGAUAUCACCGGUCUCUCAGGUAAUCCUUAUGUCAAGGUGAACGUCUACUACGGCAGAAAGCGCAUCGCCAAGAAGAAAACCCAUGUGAAGAAGUGCACUUUGAACCCAGUCUUCAAUGAGUCUUUCAUCUACGACAUCCCCACCGACCUCCUGCCUGACAUCAGCAUCGAGUUCCUCGUCAUCGACUUCGAUCGCACCACCAAGAACGAGGUGGUGGGACGGCUGAUCCUGGGGGCGCACAGCGUCACAGCCAGCGGGGCCGAACACUGGAGAGAGGUCUGCGAGAGCCCCCGCAAGCCUGUGGCCAAGUGGCACAGUCUGAGCGAGUACUAAUUCUGUUGUCCUCGCCUCUAACCCCCGGGGCCAUUCUGGGGAGGGGCGUGGCAGGGAAAGAGAGAGAGAUGACAGAGACAAGCAGAUGCAAAACCUCAUUUUAGUCAGAAGAAAAUUUCAUACAAAAUGAACCCCACAAAGAACACCCCACAUGACCACAGCUGCAGAUCAGGUCUUAGCGAUGAUGAUUUUUCUCUUUUGCAAGGCGCUAGAAAUUUUUUUUUUUUUAUGGGGGACAAAAGAGGGAAAGACCCCUACAAGUCUAUAUAUAACAAUGUAACCUUAUACUUGCAUGUCUAAUACAAACUGAAGAAAUUAGUCUAACUCCAAUAUCAAGUUACAGAUUUUAAUCCUUGAAAAUUGUGUUUUGUGCCUAAUCGUAUUUGCUGAAAUUGGCCUUUUGUUUUUUUAAAUUGGGCUUCUCUGGAAAAUCACUCCCAGCCCCCACCUCUGCAGAAGAAAAUUUUGCUCUUGUAAAACCUCAUGUUUUCAUCAUUCCCAUCACCUCUUAUAUCUCUGCCCUUUGGCUGAACUUAAGGUCCAGAGGUGUGUAGUAAGCCAAGAAACAAAGGUGGGCUAGAUAAGGCAGGGUUUGCAGGAGAAAGAAUAAUUGAGAAGUGGGUUAUUUUUGCUGUCAUCCCUCCUGCCAUGAAGGGGUAAAGGGCAUUCUAUGAUUAAUCGACAGUCUUUGUGAAGCACAUAUAACACAUCAGUUGUAUCAGGACGAACUUGGGCUUGCAAAACUAGAUGACUUCUCUAAAAGGAACUUUGGAGACUUUUAGAACAGUAUACGGCUGAUCCCAAAUGCCAUUAGCAGGUAUAAGAACAAGGAGAGGAGAAAUGAGAAGAGUUCUAUUCCCCUUUGCAGCUAUAUUAGGAAGCCACAGCCAUUUAUUGAUUGAUGGGUUGGAAACCAACAGAGGUUGGAAAGCUUAAAUUGCUCUUUUUUUUUUUUUUUCUUUUCCAGAGAUGCUAAGCAUUGAGAAGCUUUAGAGUCUUCUCACGUGGCUUAGAUGCUAUCAUAAGGUUAGUUUCGCUUCACAAGGAAAAGGGCCUCAGAAAUGGUUCUUUCUCCUUGAAUAUAAAAAUAACAAUGUGGCUAAAUGAGUAAUCAAAGCAACUUGGAUUCUUUCAGAGCAUCCUUUCCCUCAAAACAAAGUGCUUAGUUCUUGGAACUCAUGAAUCUCACAGCAUAGUGGAGGGAUAGGGAACUAGAGUUUUAUCCUCCUUCUGCCACUGCGCAGUAGAGGUUGGGAGAGAUUCAGCAUCUUGCUGGGAUUAGAAUCCACAUCUCUUUUCUCUUAAUCCAGCCAUGUCUCUAACAUUGAGACUUUUCAGAUGGCAGAGACUUCAUUGGCAAUAAAUAGGCUUAGAUAGGCAACAGAUAUUUUUUGCCAACCUGAAGAGGAACUCAAAUAAGCAACAGCUUAAACUUUCAGGGCCUGAAUGAUUAGCCAAGAUCAUCGUGUCCACUUAUAUACAAGAACAUUUCUUUCUAUCUUGCUUCUGAGAUGGUGGUUGAAAAGUUGAAUCUCCAUGGAGAGGGUAUGAUCUUGCCCUUAGGGUUCCCUUAGCUCUCGUGGAUUUAAAACCAAUCUACUCCCCCACCCCACCCCCAAUCCUUUUGUUUUGUUUUUCUAAACCCGGAUUCUUGACAACGCAGAGUAGUUCUGAGCAGGCAUAAAGGCCACUCUCUGUUCUUGUCCCUAUCCAGACCCCUCCUCCAUAACCUGGCUCACAAUCUCACUAUCAGCUGGGUUCACACCACCAGUCUCUGUCCUUGUACCCAUGGAAUGUAAAUACUGUAUCAUACGUAGAAGAAAAUAAUUUUGUUUUCUAAAAAUGCAUUUUGAGAUAGUUUCAGGUAAAUCUGACAGGAGCAUUCUGAAGCCCCAUUAGAAAAAGAAAAAUUUAUGGUUCCUCUUCAUCGCCUUAAUGUCUAAAGAUCAGAAAUCGCUGAGCAGCCCGCUUUUGUUUUCUUCCCAGAAACAAUGCAAAGCAACAGGUGGAGAUAGUCUGGUCUUUGCCCUGAUGUGUGUGCCUCUGUAGCUCCUCCUGACAUAAGCCUCACCCCACCCCUCUCUUCCCCAUCUCCUUAUAGCUUUACUCCUAGCAUUCUUUGGGUCUACUGAGCAGUGGGUGGUGAGGUGACAGGGAGGAAUCAGCAAUUCUGUAGACUAGGAGCUGCCUCAGUGUCUUUCUCGCAAAAGACAAAGAAGCAGAUGGUACAGGGUUCUUCCUUCCUACCUCAGGCCUGAUCCAUAGUGCCCUUGACUUUGCUGUCCCAAAGUUUCUUAGCUGACUUUGGUUUUCACCUUCCUUCCUUCCAGAGAUAACUUAUAAGGGUGGAGGAGGACUGUGUCCUCCUGAGAGUCAGUUGAAAGACAAGAGAGUCACUUUCUAACUUUUGCACAAGGCACUCAUGGUCAGGAAUAGGUUAGGCAAUGGUCACUUCUGAUUUUCCAAGAGUCAGUCCUUCUCUGCAGACAUCUUGAUUCCUUUGGGAAGACAAAUUUAUCUUAAUAACAGUCCUUUUAUGAGUUAUUCCAUCUUUCAGUUCUAAGUGGAGCACAGCCAAGACGUACAUUGUUUCUAAACAGUGCUCUGGAUACAAAAACGGAUAGAACUGGUUUGUAGGACAGGGGAGGCCUGCUCAGGAGAGGGAAUAGUACAAGUCCCUUUUCUUGGAAGGCUUUUACUAUGGCCAUGAUAGUGACAUUGCCCUCACCCUGAUCCCUCUCCAAUGUGGUCAUCUUUCUUUACCUUGUGUCUUCUCUUGUAAAAAUGGAACUCAAAAAUAAAUGUGUCAAAAUUUUAAAAAGAAGAAAAAAACUGAAAAAGCUAACAUGAAUUGUGUGAAAUUGCAUAUUGCUGUAACGCUAACCUACAAUAUGUCAUGCUAUCUUGUAUGUUGAAUUUGUUAAUGCACCACACAAGUGCAAAAUAAAGACUGAUUCACAUUAAAUAGG